AUGACUCUCCUGCCCUCACCCCUCGCUCAGUCCACCUUGGGCGAGAAGUGUGCACUCUACCUGGACCACGUUAGCGACCACCUGCCCGUGUUCCUGCAUUCCCUCCGCCCUCGACUGGACCCGUAUCUGACAUAUUCGGCCACGUCCUUCCGAUCGGUCGCGCAGGCGCUGCCAUUUGACGUCGACGAACAGACUGCCGCCCUCGGUGCGGCUCUUCUAAUCGGUCUCCUCACUGUGAUCGCAAUGAGUUGGAGAAACCCGUUUAACAACCUCUGGGGCCGCUCGCCAAACUACGCGGCUGCCCCGCAGGUCCGCGAUGACGACUACAGCUAUAUCACCCCGGAAUAUAUCGUUGACCCGCCCUCUCAUCCUGCUCGUUAUGGUGCCCAGUAUGAAGCCACCCCUGAUGAAAACGAGCCGGAUAUCAUUUGUCUCAAACACCGUGGGACCAUCUACCCCCUCCACUUCCGCGCAUACGCCAUCGACGAUGGUCUGCUGACGGUGGGGGACCUUCGCCAUACAGCUGCUGCAAAGAUGGGGGCUAGUCACCCGAACCAAGUUCGGCUCCUGUACAAGGGAAACCUGCUGAAGGAUGAUGCCCGGACAUGCAAAGCCGAAGGGCUGAAGCAGCAUUCCCAAGUGCUCUGUGUCGUGUCUGAAGCCGGAGCCAACACGCCCAGCGAUCUCUCCGAUUACGACAGUGCCCCAGCUAACGAUGCUACGGUCCUUCGGCCUGGCUCCUCCUCUUCUCGUCUCGACGGUGACGAUGGCGUACCUGGACCGGCGAACCCCCCAAGCAAGAAGAAGAGCAGCAAGAAGAAAAACAAGAAAGGAGGCAAAAAGGGCCAAGGGAGGCCUCCAGCGGAAUUGCCGGGCACAUCACCCUCUCUGGCACCACCGCGGCCAACGUCAGCGGGCCGUUCAGCGGCUCCGUCCCCGUCCCCGGCCCCUAGCUUGCAGAACUUCAAGACGCCCUUGGAACGGGUGAAUGCUCUGGCCGCAUACCUUCAGCAGGAGCUGAUCCCCCUCUGCGACGAAUACUUGGCGGACCCGCCGACCGACCCAAAGAAGCGCGAGUUCGAGUACCGCAAGUUGAGCGAGAUGAUCUUGGCGCAAGUGAUGUUGAAGGCGGAUGGGAUCGAACCAGACGGAAAUGAGACGGUCCGCAAUGCGCGCAAGGCCCUCAUUAGGGAAGCUCAGGCCUCAUUAAACCGCCUGGAUCAGAUCGAGAAAUAA